AUGAAGUCAUUAACAUUUCAAAGUAUAUUCAUUGUGCUUAUUGUAUUGUGGAGAGGAGUGACAUUGAUAUCAGCUGCAAAAAUAGAUGUGGAGGAGGAAGUUGAAGUUGAAGUUGAAGCUGCAGAAAUAGAUGUUUCAGGAGUGACAUUGAUAUCAGCUGCAAAAAUAGAUGUGGAGGAGGAAGUUGAAGUUGAAGUUGAAGCUGCAGAAAUAGAUGUUUCAGAUCAUAUCGAUCUUUAUUAUCAGGUGACAGUUGACCGGCCUGAUGUUGCUGGUAGAGUCAGGAUCCUUCAGGUGCAUUCAAGGGGAAAAUCACUUGCAAAAGAUGUGGAUUUUGAUAAGGUUGCUAGGAGAACACCAGGUCCACCACCACCACCACCACCACCUCCCAGAAGCAAUCAUUCCGAUGAAAUAGAGAAAGUUGAAGUGGAGCCCCCUGUUGCUCGUGUUGAGGAGGAUGACAUCUUUGUAGGAGAAGGAAUUGACUAUUCUGUCCCUAGUAAAGAUAUAAGCCAAAGCCCAUUGUCAGAAGACAUGGAAGAAUCUCCUAAAAGAAAAGAGAGACCUUCCAAUUUCAAUGAGCCAGCUUAUGGCCCUGUUCCACCCUCGGACCCAUCUCAAGACUGGCAACAAACAGAGUAUCAAUAUGUGGAGCCGAUGGGGUACCCCGAACAAUAUGUCCACCAAGAUGGUCAAAUGUAUAAUAUGCAAGGAGGUUUGACCAUAGAAGGGGACCCACAUUUAAUGACACAAGAAGAGAAAGAUAGAGGUUUAGGGUCGGUGUUUAAGCGGGAUGAUACAAGGCUUCAACAUUUAAGUGAUGAUGAAGCUGAUUUAUCCAAAAAAUGGAUAUGGUGUCGAGAAAAGGGUUGGCUUCAUAGGUGGGACUUUGAGACAGAAGAGGAAUGGGCGACAUUAGGAAGCCAUGCCAAAAGCUGCGUUUCAGUUUGAGGAGUGACAUUGAUAUCAGCUGCAAAAAUAGAUGUGGAGGAGGAAGUUGAAGUUGAAGUUGAAGCUGCAGAAAUAGAUGUUUCAGGAGUGACAUUGAUAUCAGCUGCAAAAAUAGAUGUGGAGGAGGAAGUUGAAGUUGAAGUUGAAGCUGCAGAAAUAGAUGUUUCAGAUCAUAUCGAUCUUUAUUAUCAGGUGACAGUUGACCGGCCUGAUGUUGCUGGUAGAGUCAGGAUCCUUCAGGUGCAUUCAAGGGGAAAAUCACUUGCAAAAGAUGUGGAUUUUGAUAAGGUUGCUAGGAGAACACCAGGUCCACCACCACCACCACCACCACCUCCCAGAAGCAAUCAUUCCGAUGAAAUAGAGAAAGUUGAAGUGGAGCCCCCUGUUGCUCGUGUUGAGGAGGAUGACAUCUUUGUAGGAGAAGGAAUUGACUAUUCUGUCCCUAGUAAAGAUAUAAGCCAAAGCCCAUUGUCAGAAGACAUGGAAGAAUCUCCUAAAAGAAAAGAGAGACCUUCCAAUUUCAAUGAGCCAGCUUAUGGCCCUGUUCCACCCUCGGACCCAUCUCAAGACUGGCAACAAACAGAGUAUCAAUAUGUGGAGCCGAUGGGGUACCCCGAACAAUAUGUCCACCAAGAUGGUCAAAUGUAUAAUAUGCAAGGAGGUUUGACCAUAGAAGGGGACCCACAUUUAAUGACACAAGAAGAGAAAGAUAGAGGUUUAGGGUCGGUGUUUAAGCGGGAUGAUACAAGGCUUCAACAUUUAAGUGAUGAUGAAGCUGAUUUAUCCAAAAUGGAUAUGGGUGGUCGAGAAAAGGGUUGGCUUCAUAGGUGGGACUUUGAGACAGAAGAGGAAUGGGCGACAUUAGGAAGCCAUGCCAAAAGCUGCGUUUCAGUUUGGUGUGAAGAUGCAAUUUUUGCUAUUCCUGCUAUCAGAAUGAUUCCCACUUCAGUUCUUUGGGGUUACUUCGCCUACAUGUCAAUCGAUAGUCUUCCUGGAAAUCAAUUUUGGGAACGAUUGUUGCUCUUUUUCAUCCCUACUGGUCGACGUUUCAAAGUGUUGGAGUCGCUUCAUGCGUCAUAUGUGGAAUCGGUUCCAUUCAAAUACAUAACAAUGUUUACAUUCAAAUGUAAGGGUUCAUGA